UCUAAACCAGCUGUUUUGGCGGCAACGAGUUUUGACCAGAAGGAAAACAAUGUUUAUUUAAAUAAAACGCAAUUUACAGAACGGCCCAAGUAUGACGCAGGAAUGCGCUGUGCACGAGGCGCUGAAAAAGCAUUUCGGCCACUCGAAAUUUAAAUCGGAGCUACAGGAAAAAGCAGUGAAGUGCGCUGUCAAAAAAAAGCAGGAUGUGUACGUAUCGAUGCCAACGGGUUCGGGUAAAUCCCUGUGCUUCCAAUUGCCCGGAUUGAUGUCAGAGAAUCAAAUAACCAUUGUUUUUUCUCCACUUUUGGCUUUGAUCAAGGAUCAGAUAGAUCACUUGACCAAACUGAAAGUGCCGGCGGAUUCUUUGAACUCCAAGAUGAGCACCAAGGAAAGGGAUCGUGUUAUAAUGGACUUGAAGGCGGUGAGGACCAGCCUUAAGUUUCUCUAUAUAACGCCGGAACAGGCAGCCACCAAGUUUUUCCAAGAGCUGCUGCAAACCCUCCAUAAACACAAAAAGGUUGCCUACUUUGCGGUGGAUGAGGCCCAUUGUGUUAGCCAAUGGGGUCACGACUUUAGACCUGAUUAUCUAAAACUGGGUGAGCUGCGUUCCAAAUAUCCGGACGUCAUCUGGCUGGCUUUGACUGCCACAGCUUCUCGGGAAGUCAAGGAGGACAUAUAUAAGCAGUUGCGCCUCCACCAGCCCGUUGCUCAAUUUAGCACUCCUAGCUUCCGGAAAAACCUCUUCUACGACAUUGUUUACAAGAAUUCAAUCGAAGAUGACUUUCAGCACCUGGCCGAUUUUGCCAGACACUGUUUGGGCGAUCCGAAGGAGUUUAAGGAUACACCCAAGCCCCAAAGAGGCUGUGGAAUCGUAUAUUGCCGGACUCGAGACCAAGUGGAACGCAUGGCUAUAGGAGUAACUAAACAGGGAAUCGGAGCAGUGGCCUAUCAUGCUGGUCUGAAAACAGGGGAACGUACCGAAGUCCAAGAAGCGUGGAUGCGUGGUGAUCAGCCCAUUAUAUGCGCAACCAAUAGCUUUGGAAUGGGUGUGGACAAACCAAGUGUGCGCUUCGUUAUCCAUUGGGAUGUACCACAGAAUGUGGCUGCCUAUUAUCAAGAAUCUGGUCGCGCUGGACGCGAUGGCUUGCAGUCAUAUUGUAGACUAUACUACGGACGUGAAGAUGUCAAAAGUAUACGUUUCCUGCUCCAAAACGAUGCGCAUAGAGCUAGGGGUCGUGGUGACAAAGAGCUGCUUACUGAGAGAGCUGUCAAACAAUUUGAGAAGAUCACGGAAUUCUGCGAGCGUACAAGCUGCAGACAUAAACUUUUUUCGGAUUUCUUUGGAGAUCCAGCUCCAGAUUGUAAUGGGCAAUGCGACGUCUGCAAGCGUCCCAAGAAAGUGGAAAAGGCACUGGAGAUGUUCCAUCGAUUAUGUAUGGAUGAUACCUUUAAGUCGCACAUUUCGCUUCAGGAUUGCGCAGAUCUGUACGAGGGCGGACGACCUGGUAUAAAGCGUGCUGCCCAAGAGUAUGCGGCUGGUGAAUCGGGCUCAGAUGACGAUUCUGGUCAGAGCCACUCAUCAAUGGCCAAGAGAGCCAAAAAGGACUCGGAGGAUUUCAUCAAGCAACAGUUCAAACUUCGAAAACAAAUCAGCGCAGCUAGGCAGUUGGAACAGGAAACAGCUGCUCAAAUAUCUCGCGUCCGAAUGGCGGAGGCCACUGAGAAGAAAAUCGCUGGACUUCAAGCUACUCAUCGGGAAAAAUAUCUCACAGCUAUAAUCGAUGCACUCAAAGCCAAUGUGGACAAGUGCAAAGAGGACACAGAGCAGCAGCCAAAAAGUGUACUAAAAUACAAUGACUAUGAGGCAAUAGCAGUGGAUAUGGAAUAUGACGUGUUUCGCCAAAAUAAGGUGGCCAAUAUGUACCGACAUGCCUUGGUCAAAGAGAUAUCCACAAUCAAGCAACUUACAGGAAAAACUAAAUUAUUGCCUCUCUUGGUGGAUUAUACUCCGAAGCCCGAAACAAGCUCUAAAGGUGCUUGGACGGGUGGAAGCGUGGCUUACUUUGAGCGGAAACUCAAAGAACUGGAAGAACAAAGGCCUCAAAGUCUCAAGGAGGUGCCAAAAGCCUUAAAGGAAAGAAAGGGAUUUAAACAGGAAAAUAGCAAGCAGACAUCGAUUUCCUCCUUCUUUAAAAAAGAAAUAAAGGAGGAACCGAUGGACUCGUUAUUCGAAGAGGAACGUGUAAAUAUUAAAAAAGAACCUGCAGACAAUCAGAUGGAUGUAGAAAAGAACGCACCUAAAGCAAUUCCUUCCAAUCCUGUCAAGGAGGAAUCCGUGACCCCAGAAAGCUCUGAUCGCGAACUUGAACUCCAGCCCGACAGCAUAAUUGGAGAAAGGAAAUUUAAAUUGAUGUCAAAUGGCGAUGGAAGCUAUGACACCCAUCGCAGAAAAAGAGUUUCGCAUGAAACUCAACCCAAGGAGAAAGACUCAAAAAAGACAGCCUCCAGUAUGCAGCAUCUUUUUGGUUCCUUCAGAAGCGAGUCCGAAGAGGAGACCGACAAACCUUCGAAUGGUUUUAAAACUGCUCGACAAGUGCUCGAUGAAAAGCAAGUAAAACUAGAGAGCGUACCUGAAGAAUUAGCUCUUAAGGAUGAAAUGUUAGAGAGAAGCAAGCAAAAGGAAGGGGAAGACAAGUCAAAUAACAAACUUGAAGCACUAGGAUUUAUUUCAGCCCGGCAGUUGCUGGAAAAAAACAAACUUAAGGAUAGAAGUUUGGACAAAAAAGAAGUUAAGGAAAAAAGUUUGGACAAAAAAGAAGUUAGGGAAAGAAGUUUGGACAAAAAAGAAGUUAAGGAAAAUAAGUUAGAGAGUAGGGAAGCCACAAGAUCACUACAACACAACGAAUUACAACUUAAGAAAGAGGAAGACCGUAAAGACAAUGCAUCCAGCAGAAAAAAAUCAAAGGAAUCAUUAGCAGACGUGAACAAGGAAGGUGAGCAUAAGAAACAUCCUAAGGAAUCCGACUCCAGAAGCUUACAAAAGGAUACAAAACCAGAAACGAAGCAGCAGAAAACCGAUGUCAGCAAAAAUGUGGUGCAGUGGCUAAAUCCGUAUUAUAAGCGAAAAAUAGCCACCAAAGAACUUUUCAAAGCUUUGGCCAAAUUGCUCACUCAGCGGAUUUGUGAUGGAAGCUUGGGGGACGGCGAUGCUGGAAAGUGCUAUAUAAAGGAAACCUUUCAUGGCCUGCAGAUGAUAAACAACGAUCAGGACAUUGAGAAAUAUUUCAUAAAAUCCAAGUGACUAAAAAACUCAGCAUGAUUUCAUCACAACGCAUUGUUUCGCCUUGUUAACAGUUGUAGAAUCUUUUUUUUGUUAAUCAUUAUUUUUGUAUAUAAUAAGCUCAUAAAUUAUCAAUAAUACAUUAAAA